UCAACCAAACAAUACCUCUGGUGAAACCGCCCUCACCGUCUGCAGAGCCGGAUGUUCAUCGAGCCUAUCGAAUGAUGGAGGACGAGGUGACCACCUUGAGGGAGAAGUUGCUGUCUCUACCGCAAAGUGAGAGGGAACAAGCAACGCCACAACGCUCUGGUUCUGAAAUCACUUGGGUUCGUACUCCGGCCCCCAGCGCGGAGCAUUCGCCAGAGCCAUCCCUUGUCAAGCGUGCUCGGCAAGGUCGCGAAACUCCAAGCUCGCCCGGAGGAAGAGCGCGGUCGACCCCGGAACCUCCCAUCUUGAAGAGGCACCGCCUUCAGGGUGGCAGCGUUUCUAACGCGCCUUCCAGACAGCCUGCGGCUCCCCAGAAGGCCUCUCGUGCGCAGAGAGUUAACGGUUGCCGUACCAGGGACGCCGGGGAUGACGUCAUUGGUCAGCGACAGGAGCGCGUCUGCAAGGACGUGGAUCUUGGAUCAGUCACCACGGAGGAAGUAGCAGCUCUGAUUCAGACGCGAGUGAUGGGAAAGGGAACGGACGUGGAGGAUGCAGCGCUGGUGCGGCUAGUGAGAGGCUUUCAGGCAGGGUCUUUGGAAGACUGGCGAGCGCACCUCAGGGAAUUGGCAGGCUGUAGGCCCCUCGUGGCGGCAGAGUGGAUUGGGAGUUGCGAUAACCUCGACAAAGUUGAGGACUCUGCCAUGAGGCUGAUUCAGCGUCACCAGGUGAUUGGGGAAAUGGUGGACAACGAGGUCGGCUCCGCAUACAUAGCCGGAGCUAUUCAAGUCAUUGAGAUCUUGAAAUUCGCUAUGGAUUGGAACGGCACUCGCGGAGAGGGCAGCAAGCGAGGGAAGACGCAGUUUUACAUCCGCGCCUUUCAAAAUUGUCCGCCCUAUGCAGAGGCCUACCGCACACUUGGAGACAAGGAGCGACGUACCGUCCUGGAAGAGCAUAAGAAUGCAUUUGCUACGUGGAAGAAGAGGAACGAGAUUGUCGUUACAGCAAGAAACCGCCUAUUAACGUUGUACAAUGCAUUCGGCUGUGCGGUGAUCGUGGACCCUUUCUGGAGACUAGACUCUAUGGGGAACCGCUGCUCUCGCAGUUUCACGGCUGUCGUCGAGCGCGUAUACGCCAGGAUGUGCGAUGAGUCAGAGGAUCCCGCUUCGACGCUGAAGGAGCAUAACAAGGUCGCAUACACCGCGUUAAAGAGGAUUUUCACUGUCGUGCACUCUCAACAGCUGGCGGCGAAGAUCGGGAAUUUUGUAAAGGAUCAUGAACCCACGUUUGCACUGGACUGGUAGAGACAUGCACGUUGAC